UUCCGGUUCCGGGAGUAGCCAACCGCCGCAGAGUCGGCAACUAGUGCUUUAGAGGAGGCUGCGGUGGAGGAGGAAGAAGAAGACUGGAUCGGGCGGGACGCGCGGGGCGGGAUCCUCCCCAUGGGUCCACGGGCCUAGCGCAGUGGACGCCCAGGGCCUCGUGUCCAGCUGGCUUCUCUUCUUUCCUGAAGCAUCUAUGGCUGAGGACUGGCAGGACUGCCCAGCCUUGGGCCCUGGCUGGAAGCGUCGUGAGUCCUUUCGAAAGUCAGGGGCCUCUUGUGGACGCUCAGACAUCUAUUAUCAGAGUCCCACAGGCGACAAGAUUCGAAGCAAGGUUGAGCUGACUCGAUACCUAGGCCCUGCAUGUGAUCUGACCCUCUUUGACUUCAGACAAGGCAUCUUGUGCUACCCGGCUCCCAAGACCCGUCCCCUGCCUGACCCCAGCAAGAAGAAAAAGCCUUCUAAACCAGCCAAGGUUAGGAAGCAUCAGGGUGGGCUGCAGAAGAGUGAUGUCAGGAAGGCGACCCCGUGGGCUGAGAAUAAGGCUGGCACUGGCACAGCUCCAGCUUCAUUACUUGUACCUGGCCGCUGUGAGAAUUGUGGAAUCCGCUUCCCAAGGAAUGGUAUCAGAAGGCUGAGGCUCAAGACAUUAUGCGAAGACUGCCGAGCACAGAGAAUUGCCUUCAACCGAGAACAGAGAAUGUUUAAGAGAGUUGGCUGUGGAGAAUGUACAGCUUGCCUGGUGAAAGAAGACUGUGGGGCUUGCUCCAUCUGCCGCCUGCAGCUGCCCCGUGACGUGGCCUCGGGGCUCUACUGCAAGUGUGAGCGGAGACGCUGCCUCCGGAUUGUGGAGAAGAGCCAAGGGUGUGGAGUAUGUCGGGGUUGUCAGAACCAAGAGGACUGUGGCCGUUGCCGAUUCUGCCUUCGCCCUCCCCGCCCUGGUCUCAAGCGCCAGUGGAGGUGUCUGCAGCGGCGCUGCUUGUGGCACUUUGCUCAUCGCUUCCGUGGCCACCCUCAAGGAUGUCACCAGUGCCCUCCCCAGGUUGUGGUUCCCCCUAUUGGUAAACGUGACCAUGACCGUCGUAAGAAUAGCUCGAAGGUAGCUGCCCAAUGUCACUCCCAAGCUCAGCCAGUGCCUCCACUUCCUGCACUGCAGCACCCAGAGCCCACAGAGCUGCACAUCAGCGACCUAGCGCCCACAUCACCUGCUGAGUUCAUCUAUUACUGUAUAGACGAGGACGAGCUACAGCCCUACACGAACCACCGGCAGAACCGCAAGUGCGGGGCCUGUGCAGCCUGCCUACGGCGGAUGGACUGUGGCCACUGCGACUUCUGCUGCGACAAGCCCAAAUUCGGGGGCAGCAACCAGAAGCGCCAGAAGUGUCGUUGGCGCCAGUGCCUGCAAUUUGCCAUGAAGCGACUGCUGCCCAGUACUGGGUCAGGGUCUGAGGAGGGAGCAGGAUCGCCUCCAUGUCACCCUUGUCGAAAGAGGCCUGGUUCUCCUCGACAGCUCCAUCCAAGCUCCUCUUCAAAGGCCCCUUUGGCUGUGCACACAACCCCACCAUGCCCUGCACAGGCUUCAGUGAAGCAGCAAACAGGUAGAGGCUUUGUGCCGACCCCACCUGACACAGACCUUGUGUUUUUACGAGAGGGUGCCAGCAGUCCUCUGCAGGUGCCUGGUCCUGCUGCAGCUUCCUCAGAAGCCCCGUUACAGGAGGCCCAAUGCUCUGCCCAGAGUUGGGUUGUGACCUUGCCACAGGUGAAGCAAGAGAAGGCGGAUGCCCCAGAGGAGUGGACAGCAGGCACAGCCUUCCUGACUUCUCCCACGUUGCAGCCUGGCUGCCCUAACAAGGCCGUAGACCCAGACCUUCCACCUGUGAAACAAGAGCCCCCUGGCCCUGAGGAGGAUAGAGAAGAAAACAGAGAAGAUUAUGUUUCUGCAUCAGCCCCAGAGGAGGAGGCAGGAGGGGUUGGCACACCAGUGAUCACGGAGAUUUUCAGCCUGGGUGGAACCCGCCUCCGGGACAUAGCAGCUUGGUGGCCAAGGUGUGCCCCAUACAGUUAGGUGUGGGGAAUGGGGUCCAAGGACCUUACAAAACCUGAAGCUAAAAUACAGUAGACUGGAGACUUCUGCUGACUGUGGGACUGAAGGUGAUAUUUGCACACCGGCUUUAUGAGAAACAACCCUGAUCUACCAGGGGCUGGGCCCUGGCCUGGUCGCAGAGCUUGUUUGUGAAUCGGCUCUAGGAGAAAGACCUGCAAGCACAAUCGGAACAGGCCUGCCCAGGCCUUGGAGCUUAGAGGAAAGAAGCUGGAGAGGAAGAGAGAGUAGAAGGCUGGGAGAACGUCCGCUCCUCCAAGGAUCUCAGUGUGAUGAGAAUGUGGAUGUAGGGGAGGGGAGGAUAUGAUCGAAGCCACUACCAACAACUCAAACAAGCCAUCUUCAUAACUGUUGGUGGCUUCCGGAUGAGACCUGGCAGUGUGUCUGCACAUUUUCUCAGGGAAACAGCAGUUGAAAUGCUACAGAAUAAAGGAGGAAAAGGCAUUGUUUGGUGAGCUCCUCCUGUGGAGCCACUUACUGAACCCUCACAGUAGUCCUUAGGAAGACAGUGAGUGAUAUUGAGCACUUCUGCAGGUAGGUAAACACUCAGAAGAGACAAACGUAUCAGUGUCAAACAGCUAGGGUUGGUAGAGUCUAGAAAUCCACCAGGCUAUACAAGCUUUGUUCUUUAAUCCACUAAACUGUUAACUGCAGUCUUUUGUGCAAUAAUGUAUAUUACAAUAACAGUUGUAGUGACUUGGAAAGUAGCAGUAGAUUACUAUGAAGAGCAUAAACUAUCCUUCACACCUUUGCCUCGGUUGAUGUAGGGAAUGCCUAGGCUGUGGGUCACCUUCUCGUCUGAGCAUUGGUUCAUGUAGAAUCUAGGUUCCCUGAAGGCCCCAGAUGCUGCAUACAGCCCCAAAAGUGUGUUCUUCCUCACUGUUGGCUGACAAUUUGCUUGAGCCCAGAUAGUCUCACUUUAGCCAGAGCAGUGCUUGGAACUAAAGCUGUCAGCCUGGGCCGUCUUUUCCAGGCAGUAUCUUCUCUCUGAUGAUCUUUGUGCAUGUUUCCUGCCCUCAGCCCAAAUGUUUGUUAGGAGGCAAAAUGAGCUUAUGCACCGAGUCCCGCCCAAGGGCCGGUCUUUGCUCAGCCUUACCUCACUUUCCAUCCUUAAAAUGCCAAAAAGAUAUAGAACUGGUUACUUAGCCAGGUUUACAGGGCCAGGACUGAGUGCCUCGACAUACUUUGUGUCCUAUGUGCCCCCUUUGCUUUAGCCUAGUCCCAAGCCCUGCUGCUUUAGGUAAUUCAGAUGUGGAUUACUCAUUUCUUAUUCCUAACUCACAAGGCACAGCUCUCUGCCACCUUCUACUCUUCCUUUGCCUUGCUUUGCCUAAUUCUAUCCUGGAGUCAUACUUCUUUUUAACCCCUAGAGCAUACCACUUGUCCCUAGUAUUCUGAUCAAUCUGACAGUGAUGUUCUAAGGGUAACAUCUUGGUUGGCAUUUGACUUGUGAACAAAGAUUCUGAUUACUAUGUGUAUUGACUAGGGUACAGUCAAAAGGUCAGAACCACUGCAACAAAGACUAAUGUAUGUGUUUUAGGGGAGUUUUGGGAGACAUUUUAUAUUGUGUAAUUUUGGGAACUAGUUUAGUAGCCUCUAAAACUGUCAGUUGUAUGUAAUACUGGAGCUCAAAGUAUUCAGGACAGGCAGUGAGGAAGGGAAGGUGUAUGGACCCAUGGGAGCCCAUGAACAAGAGUUGGAAUUCAAGAUGGCCUGAAAUCCAUGUUAGUGUCUCACCGUCUCCCGCUUCGAUGAUGUUUGUGUCCUGAAGAAGAAGCUAGUGGAAGUAGCACCUGGCUUAGGACUAGAGAAGCUGAAGGAAGAUCCCAGGGAAGUUGUAGCAGCUGGAGGCUUGGCUUAGGAUUUCUGUUUCCCCAUACCAAGGUGAGACAGCAGAUUAAUGACCGCUUGUAUGAACUGCAGUAUGCCUGGUAUUCGUGCACCAACUUCACAACAGUCUGCUGCUGUUUCACUUCUGCUAAUCACAGUGUUUCUGUGAAUUUUCUUAACUAGAUGUCUAUGGGGAAGGAUUCUGGGAAGCAUAGUCUAGUUCAGGUGACAUGUUAGAAAGCCACCCGUCAUGACUCAGCUCCCAAAGGUCUCACCACUUACCCAAGGAUAAGCUGAAAAUGUAAAGCUGAAGACCACGGAUUUCAUGAUGGUCCCAGCAAAGAAAGAAACCCUGUCAAGCUCCUCCAUAACAAUCUUGCUGGUCUCAGCUGUAUUUUUGUCAUUCAUCCAUGUAUGGAAAACUUGGCCCAUAGUUAUCACUGUACAUGAUACUGAAAUCCAAAAAUGCAAUUUUAUAAAAUGCAUCAAUAUAUAUUACAAAUGAUAAAAAGAUCUCCAGUUUUUUAUGGACUUUGAUGCUCAGAAUAUAAAAUCUAAUAUACUAUGGAGAAGCCAGUCCUUUUUUGAGAUGCGUGAGAAGUUGGAAACAAUCAUUUCUAUUUCUAAACUGUUCUAUUUUAAAAUUAUUUUAAAACAAUUUUCUUGUUCUG